UCGGCAAUUGAUUUUAAGUAGGGCACUAAAAUCAUGUUGGCUGCCCUGUCUGCCAAGGAAGUCUUUAGGCCCGCUCACGUCUGCUUGAUUUGUCGUCAGCCCACUUCAUUUUUCGAAAAUGGGUCGUGUCCGCACGAAGACGGUGAAGAAGGCCGCAAGGGUCAUCAUCGAGAAGUACUACACUCGUCUCACUCUCGACUUCCACACGAAUAAGCGCAUUUGCGAGGAAAUCGCUAUCAUUCCUAGCAAACCCCUCAGAAACAAAAUCGCUGGCUUCGUUACACAUUUGAUGAAGAGGCUGCGACACAGCCAGGUGCGUGGCAUUUCCAUCAAACUGCAGGAGGAAGAGCGCGAGAGAAGGGACAACUAUGUGCCCGACGUGUCUGCUCUCGAGAGUGACAUCAUUGAGGUUGAUCCUGAGACCAAGGAAAUGCUUAAGAUGCUGGAUUUCAACAACAUCUCUGGUCUUCAGCUGACCCAGCCAAACACCCAGGGAGGUUUCCCCAGGAGAAACUAGAAUUCUUAAAGUUAAUAAUAAAAACAAAAAAAUAAAUAAUUGCGUUUCCAUACUUAAAA